AUGGUCCUGCACUCUCCACCCAAGAAACAAGCAGAAGGUCAGGACACAGGCGGUCACUCCAAGCAUCCUGAUACAAUAGCCCAACUCCAACAAGCUACAGAGCGCAACAGAAUCUUGCAGGAUGAGAUGAAACUGACGAGAGAAGAAAUCGCCCACUACCACUUGGAACUAGCGAAAAUGCGAGAUUCAGUGAAAUCCAGCGUACCCCCCACAACAGCAUUCGUUAAUCAAUCAUCAAAGCAAAUUAAAUUACCAGCUUUCUUGUCAGAAAAACCCGACCUCUGGUUCAACCAGAUCGAACCACUUUUCCAAAUUCACGAUAUCGAAUCAGAGGCUACAAAGUACGCCUAUGUUGUUGGCCAAAUCGAAGGCAAGUGGAUACUAGAAAUCGAAGAUCUUAUUCGCACAAUUGCAGCUGUAAAUCCUCAUUCGAAACUCAAAGCUGAAAUAAUUGAACGUUUUUCGCUCAGCGAGAAUUCUCGGGUGAGAAAACUAAUGGCCGAGGUAGAACUAGGCGACUCUACCCCGUCUCAAUUUUUGAGACGCUUACAAUCACUUGCAGGGAAUACAAGGAUCCAAGAUAAUCUCAUGAAAACUCUGUGGCUGCAGCGACCGCCUGAUAGCAUCCAGGGCGUCCUUCAAGCCCAACCCGAUUCAGUCACGUUGACGCAACUUGCGACCAUUGCAGACCGUAUAGCAGAAACAUUACCCGCUGCAAAAUCAGUCUGCGCCACAAGUUCAAACUCUCGAAAUUUUACAUCUGAUGCAAUAAGAAAUGACAAAAGCGAUUCCCUCGAGGACAUGAAGAAAGCAAUCGCUGCUAUGGCUUCCCAAAUGGAGCAACUGACGAAACAAGUACAAAGCUUGCAAAAGAAUAAACCUAGAUAUAGAUCGCGCUCUCGCCAGAGAUACCCCUCUAACUCUCGGCAGAGUUCGCCAAAUAAAAACGGAUUCUGUUUCUAUCACGACAGGUUCGGUCCAAAGGCAUACAAAUGCGAACAACCAUGCAAAUUUAGAGCAACGAACGAAACGGACAGUCAGUAA